CGCUGCGUUAACGAUCCAGAAUGGAGGUCAGCAGACGACACGGUCAGAGCCGAGCGGGGAAGCGGCCGCGCCAGCAGACGAAACUGGAUUUCGGCGGUGGCUCAGCCCUCCCACUCCGUUCAAGUUCACGGUUCUCGUUGCAAGGUGACACUGGCCAAAAGCGCGCCCGCUGCCCUGACAACGUCCCUUUUUAUGCCGGUGCGUGCCGUGGGUUUGGGGAUAUUUCGUGGACCCGUCGCGCGACGGUGAUUUUGCCUGGCCUUCGUGGUCUCCAGCCGUGAAGAAACGCACAAGAAAAGCCUACGGAAGUGGUCGUCUGCUAGCGUGUUUGCCGCAGCGCGACGCGCUCGGCUGACCACGUCUGCGCAACUGCGAAUCGAUCGGCUCGCGAAGGAGGUUCGCCCCCCCCCCCUCCCCCUCUUGCUUUGACCUCAUCGGCAACGCGUCAUCACAUGGCGAUUCCAAAGAAACAUUCAACGGCGGGAUUGGCCCAGUUCGUCAUAUCGAGAAAACUGGAAUCCUGACGAGGGGGCCUGGAAAACUCUUCCGGUGCAAAAGUUCUUCCUUCCACCCCUCGAGUAACCGUCUCGCGCCGCAGCAGCGAUUCGUCGAGCGAGACGCGGCGCAGCCGUAGUAGCGGUGCACGCAACGUCUGACGUGCGUGCGAGACGUGCUGAUCCGCGCCUGCCCGCAGCCCAGCCAUGCGGGACUUCGUGGGCCUCAAGACGGGAGGCGACGCCUGCCCCUUCCGGUCUUCGCGCGAGUGCGGCGCCACAGCGAGGGGGCCUCCGCGCCGCGACUGCUCGGUGUUCGCCUCGCGCGGUCAGGCGCUCACCAUGGAGCACCUGAGGGGCGGCGAGAACGAGGACGGCGACUGCGGGCGCUCGGCCAGCGCCCGGCCCGAGUGGUUCGACGCGCACAAGUUCGGCAGGGCCAAGGAGAUCUUCAGGGAGCACUUGUUCAGUUUCUUCUUCGCACACCUGGUGGGGCUCGCCAUGGUGGUGACGAAGCCGUCCAUCCUGGAGCCCCUGAGCAGCACGGGCCGGUCGUCGACGCUGUCGUGCCUGUACCGGCGCUACCUGAGCACCCUGCGGCACGUCAAGUGCUGGUACGAGGGGGACAUCUGGGGCCGCGACGACGCGGCAGCGCUCAGCAUCGCCAAGGUGCGCCAGAUGCACCGCGACGCCAGCGCCCAGCUGCGCCACCGGCGCUGCCCGGUCAGCGGCGCCACCUACCUCUCCCAGCUGGACAUGGCGGUGACGCAGUUCGCCUUCGUCGGCCUCGUGGUGCUCUACCCGCGCCAGCUGGGGCUUUCCCUGAGCGAGUGCGAGCUCGAGUGCGUCCUGCACUUCUGGAGGUGCGUCGGCUACAAGCUGGGCAUGGCGGACUCGUACAACCUGUGCUCGGGAAGCUACCGCGAGACCUUCGACGUGUGCCUCGAGAUGCAGGAAAAGCUCAUCAAGCCGGGCCUAGUCAAUGCGUCCCGAGAGGCCUCGGCCAUGAGCAAGGACAUCAUCAGCGCCGUCCGCGUGCUGGUCAUCUUCCUUAGCUACGAAGGCAUGAUGACUUACUGGGCUAGGCAGGUCGGACUGGACUUCAACGCGGCGCUCAGCCUGUACGACUGGUGGAGUUACUGCCUCAUCUGGCUCACCUUCAACCUGCUGCUGCGCUACAGGACGUUCAGGAACAUGUUCAACUGGCUGCUCAGGGUGGCCAUCCGGCGCGGAACAAAGUGGGGCGGGUACCUACAGAAGCAGCUCGAGGCACAAGAACUGCACGCCAAGGGCAUGCACCUGAGUUACGCGUACAGAUACCACUGAAUGAGAGUUAUAUGCCGGAUGAUUUAGACCUCCCGAGAUCCUUGGAAAUGUCAUAAGGAACGGCUUAGACAUGAAACGGCUGCAUUCCGUCCUCGUGCGUAUCUUCACUUGCACGAAGCUCUGUGAAACAGUGACGACGAACACGCACCAAGCGUACACAUCUACGCCACACUUUCACAUAGAAAGGCGGUGUUAGAUGAUCCUUAGUAGACUCGAGGAAAAGAAAAGAAAGCGUUAGUUAGAGACACACGGCAACGGCAUGGAGUUAAUCUGGUGACAGUUUUGAAGAAAUAACUCGGCCUAGUCAAGGAAACAGCAAUCACGCUCUCAAAUUUCAAUGAACGCAACAUAUACACGAGGACAAGCCUGGAAACACGAAGCAGUGACGGCAUGCAUUAAGUCUACUAGUCGAAAGAGUCACCAAAACACUAUUACGGCUAUUACCAAAAUGUGGUCGCUAUCGCGUUGCUUUCGAAACAAAACGUCGGCAUACAAACGACUAAGUGCUGUCAAUCGUCAAGGUAGGUUUGCGGCCGAAAAGGAAUUCCGAGGAACGGGAGCGACAGAUGUCUGGGUUAGAGGAAGGUGUGGUGAUCUUGAAGAGACUUCUGUGCAUGAUGUGAACAGUUGUGCCGGCACGAGGUGCAAUAUUCUCAAACCCUUUCCAAACAGCUCCCUUAGCUUCGCCACCAAUUUUAUUGUUCUGCAAAGCAGAGCACGUUAACGACGAAGCUCUACUUUAAUUUCAAUUCACCGAAUAAUGAUAUGGGACAACCAAGCGUUUCCGCCUGCUUGGAAAGCGGCACUACAAAGAAGCGUUUCGUUACAAAGCAGACGCAUUCAUUUUUAAAGCGCACGUUGGACUGCUGGAAGCAGAAAACUAAGUAAAAUUUUGCAGCUAAAGUCUGUGACCUGCUGCAAAAGUAAGAACGAACAGAUUUGCAAUGCCUCAGAAAGAAGAGCCGGCGUUUUGAUAGGUGAACCUACGUUUGACGAGACGGCCUUCUGAUACUUGAUGUGCCAAUGAUGGUUGUCGUGGUAACACUUGUUGAGACGUUGUGAAGGCAGUAGCGAUUUUGUAUAAUAAUUUAUCAAUACCACGCGCUUUCAGAGACUGCAUUGUCUGUAAUAUCUGUAGCCGCUGUGCCUGGGACGGUGACUGUGUUGUGUCCUUGCGACUUAGGCUUCUCGCCAAACAGGACAAGCUGCAUGCCUGCAAGUUUCUUGGAUUAGACUGAGAACAUCCCAUAUACGACCAACCGUCUUUAUUGAGUUAUCAGUGGCGUGGUUAACGUUUCCUUUUAUUUGGUUUCCGCGCGUUGAGAGGGCAGAAAUAACAGUGGCAGAUCUGAGCCUCAUGAUCAUCGUGUAGGCUUGGGCUAAAACGUAGAUACCAAGGAACUGUGUAAGGUAUGACAUUGGGCGGUUUUUCGGUCUGCCUCAGCUACAAUCUGUGGCGUUCCGAACAGCUGGAACAAGCGCUUUCUGUUGGGGCCGAGACGCCACUUUCUUCACUGAUACUUUUUCGUGCGAAUAUAACGCUAUCAGAAGCUCGUAAUUAUUCGGCUGAUGGACAAUGAUUAGCACGAUCUUCAAGACGGAUGUUGUGUGUUCAGCUACGCACCUUGAUACGGUUGAAGUAUACUGUGGCAUCAUAAGACAGGUGCUGCAGUCUUGUUGUAUUCCCAAAGUUAGUUAUGGCGACAUUGUUCGCGAAAAGUACGACGGUGCAACUGCACCGCAUGCGGUGGUACCUAUUUUCAGUGAACCAUAUUCACUCAAAAGGGAUAGCUUGAAAUAAAGGGUAUAUAGCCUAA